AUGCCGUGGGUUGCCAACAACAAUCAAGUUGGCGAGUUCCGCCUGCCGUCGCAUGCCGCCUUCCUAAAGAGCGCGCAAGCGUCUCUGUCCCCGAUGCAGACGUUUCGAGCGCAGCAGUAUGAGCACAAGGUGCCAUUCUGUGUGUACCUCCACCCGUCGCAUGCACCAACGCAGUCGUCGGACGCGUUGUUUGUGUACCCUCGAACGUAUGCACAGUAUGUGUCGCAAGUUCGCUUUCUCGACGACGUUCCUGAAGACGCCGUCUGGUGCAGCGCUGAACAAUUGAUCAAUCUGGAACUGUGCGACAGCCAAGAAGCGACGUGGCGAUGGUACAAUCCCGCGCAAGACCCCGUGGCGGCGUCGAUCACGUUUGAGAUCCGUCCACUGGUCAGUCCACACAACGAGGCUGCACCAUACGUAGUCGACGUAGCCGCCGUCAAGUCACGUCUGGCCGAACUCGGACAUGGCAACAUCCUCACCGAAAACGAGCGCGUGGUGCUGUACGUGCACGACAUGCCGCUGUUCCUUCGCGUCGUGCACUUGGAAGGCCACGACCCUCACGAAACCGAAUUCACAAUGCCGAAUGUGUUUCGUGGUCGCGUGGACGCCGCGACCACGUCCUUCCAUCUCGUCAAGGAGAACCCCGUCAGCGACGAGUACGCCUUGAGCGACACCGCCGACGAUGAUCCGCUGCCGGCCUCGUUCAAAGGCUCGGUCGUCAACGUGUACACGAACGAUGACGAAAUGUUCCCCGUCAAGAAGAAGCUCCUGUGGCCGUGCAUCAAGCUCACGUCCGCCGUCAUGGCUGGCCAUGGAAUUCACAAGGACAAAGCGAGCGUCGUUCAUGUGGAUGUGGAUUGCCUCACGUUUGACCGCGUCUUGCUCUACUUGGAGCAUGCGGCGCUACACCCCGACGAUUCGUUCCAGUUCGAUCCGCAUUUCACCGACGGAUUGCUGCAUGCCGCCCGCACCGUCGGCUGCCAGGGCCUAGAAGACCUGUGUCGCAUAAAGAUGGGCGAAUUCGAGUCCCGCGUGCGGAAACACGCCAUCAAGUACAGCUACGUGGUCGAGCGCAACGUCGUGGGGAAUGAAUUUUGGCUCAUUAUGGACGGUAUGGUGCUCGACAUCACGCGGUGGCUGCCAGAGCACCCCGGCGGCUCGGAACUCAUUCCAAAGGAGGCGCUCAACGUCGACUGUGUCGGCAUGUUUGAAGUGUUUCAUGCGUCCAAAGCGUCGUUUCGGUACCUCAAGCAAUUUUACAUUGGCGAACUGGGCGAGAAAGAGCGCCAGCUGUGCCCCAAUGGCCACACUCACAAGGACAUUCCAAUCCCGUCGAGUGGGUUUAUGGACGAAUUCAAGCGGUACACGUCAUGGCGGAUUAGUCCCGAAGAAGCCGUGCAUGUGAGCUUCUAAAGCUGGUAGUGUUGUUGCGGGGGAUCUGCUGGCUCGGUGGACGAAGUCGCGACGGGCACAAAGGACGAAGGCGGCAGCUUACAAGUACUUGUAGGUCGUGUCAUGGUGCUGGUGCUGUCGUCGAGCAUCAUGUUGGCGGGUUUGAGUAGCGUUUGAAAGUGCGUCAUGGCCCUCUCGUUCGUGUCGAGGCAGUUGUCGGCACAGAGACUUUGGUACACUAUCGAAUACAUGGCACCAUAUCGACGAUCAAACUCCAUGCCAUCGUUGUCUGCCCUACAUACAUAUAUCA